UUAUCUCACCGCCUUCUCUUUUCUCCCUAGGAUGACACUGCCGUUGACUGCUUGGCUUUGGCAGCAUGAAUACUGGCUGCCUCCAGGGAUCACCUGGGAGGACAUGAAAGAGACGGAGGAGACCCGCUACCCUCAGCCCCAGCACCUCCUGGUCAGCCUCCCCGGUGCCCUUCUCCUCAUCGGCCUGCGGUUCAUCUUUGAAAGGUUCGUAGCUGUGCCCCUGAGCCAAAAGAUGGGGCUGAAGGAGAAGCUGCUAAGGAAAGCUUCUCCCAACCCUGUGCUGGAGGCUUUCUACGCUGCACACCACAGGAGCCCCAAAGAGGGCGAGCUCAGUGGUCUGGCCAAGCAGUGUGACCUGCAGCCCAGGCAAGUGGAGAGGUGGUUUCGGUGCCGUCGGAAUCAGGACCAGCCGAGCUUGACGAAAAAGUUCUGUGUAGCCAGCUGGAGAGCCACCUUUUAUUUAACGGCUUUCUGCAUAGGCAUGGCCACCUUAUAUGAUAAACCCUGGUUCUGGGAUCAUCGUGAGUGCUGGACCGGGUACCCGCAGCAGCGGCUCCUCUACUCCACCUUUGGCUUCUACAUGCUGGAGCUCUCCUAUUUCUGCUCCUUGGUCAUCACAUUGCCUUUUGAUGUCAAAAAGAAGGACUUUUACCAGCAAAUUGUCCACCACGCUGCCACCAUUCCGCUCAUCAUCUUCUCGUAUUGCGCCAACUAUAUCCGCAUCGGCACACUUGUCAUAAUCAUACAUUUAUCAUCUGAAUGUUUGCUGGAGCCCACCAAGAUAUUCUACUACCUGAAAUGGCGCCGAAUCUCUGAUGGUCUGUUUAUCAUUUUCUCCGCCGUUUUCCUGCUUACCUGGCUGGUUAUUUUUCCUUGCAUGGUAAUCUACAGCACAUAUUACUACUUCAUUGAAAUCUACCAGCCCUUCUUUGGCUACUACCUCCUGAAUGGCCUCCUGAUGGUCAUCCAAUUACUGAAUAUCUUCUGGUCCUGCAUGAUCAUCCUCAUGGUCUACAGGUUCAUCCUCCAUGGCACAGUGGAAGGGGACGUGAGGAGUGAUACAGAAGACAGUGAGAAUAAUGAGGAAGAGAUGGAGCAGGAGAAGGAAGCCAAGAGGAACAGGGUCCCCCCUCACAGCCCAAACAGUACAGCUGCUGCCUUGGCAUUGGCAAGAAGAACCCCCUGCAGCGGAAUUGGCAGGAGCCAAUGGCCCACCGGCGGCCAUGCCUAAAUGAGAUAACUGGAGCCUGCAUGUUAUGAUAACUGGAGCCGGCCCCUGCCAGGUUGCUCCUGCUUCUCGUAGGCCUGGACGGGCACCCCUCUAGCUUCCUAGCCAACUCUCUGCCCUCUGCAGAAUACACACUCUCUGCUGCUUCUCUUGAUCUCUUCAGUUCUUUACAUUGUUUUUGGAGUAGCCAGAAGUAACACAAGGGAUGGCGUCGCUUCAAGCUGGCCUUGCCUUCUCUCUUCAGCCGGCUCUGAUUGCAGCUUGGCGAGGUCGUUGCAGCCGCCCACUUGCGCAUCUCCACCAAAUAGCCCCCAGCAUGUUCCCCCAACGAACUCUGAGAGGUUAGGGCGCUAUGAGGCCAGAUUCAGGAGGCAGUGACAGCCUGGGACGUGGCUGAGGCCCCGCGUGGUGGUUCAUCAAGAGGCAUCUCGAUGUGACACAGAAGCUGGAGAGCCCGGAGCCCAGCGGAGUGCUUGGGACGGGGUGCAGGAGCAGCCGAUCCGGCCAUCGCAAGACGGGAAAUGCCGUCAAGAGGUCUCUGUAGCUGGGAUCCGGGUAGAAGUGCAAGGAGGACAUUUGAAGUGGCAGGAACUGCAGGAGAAAGGCGAUGGGAGAACUGGCGAUAUUGGGUGGCCCGUCCACAGGGCACCACAAGGAAGCGUUGAGCUAGAAGGAAGACUGCCACGCUGCCCCCAGCGGGAGGGGUCUGGCUAUGAUCCUGCAACAGGAGGGCCUCUUCCUCCUCCUCCUGAGUCGGGCUGGGUGGCAGGUGGGAAGCUAUGCUAGUGCUACCAUUUGGGCUGUAUUUUCCCAGUUCUCUUCCUGAGUCGCGUGACUCCGCCUUCCGGUGCCAUAUUGAGCACACCCGACUGCUGGAACCAAUAAGGUCAUUGAGGAAAGCAAAAUCCAGGGCGUGUCUCUGUUUUUAUCAGAAUGGUGCAUGCUAAAAAUGAGGCACGCUGGGGCCCGCCAUACGGAGGAUCAGUUCAGCUGUAGAACAGCAGAAGAACAAAAAAGAGGAACCACUGGGUGAAAAGGAUGAUGGUUUAUUCCCAGUGCAUUUUGAAAAUAAUCUUUUUCAAGGGAGCCUGGUGAACAAUGCAAGCCAGAAAAACAUACAUUAGGAAUGAAUGAUCUGACAUAAUCCUACUAAAUUGUUUAACAUAAUCCACAAACACUCAGUUCUACAAAAACUUAAGAUAUACCCCAAAGUUACUGUUACUGAACUGCCUGUCUCCCAUAUUUCUAAGCAGACUGAUCAAUGUACCCAACCCCAAAAGGGGUUCUUGAGUUCUCCACUAACUUAGUUUUAUCUUAAGAUAAAAUAACUUCUUACGGUGUUGUCCCUUAGAUUUUUCAUUCAAAACGUAUGUGUUUUUCUAAUAAUAAUAAUAACCAUUUGCUGACAGCUCCAUAACAACUUGUUCUCUGGGUGGCUCAGAAAGUACAACAAUAAAACAACUAUUGAGUAAAAUGUACUGUUAAAACACAUAAAACUACCCAAAAAAGCACAAUAGAAUACAAAAAGGUUUUUUAAAAGCUGUUUUAUAUGGCCUGAUUUUUAGUCUACAUUCCCUAAGAAAAGUAAGCUUAUGAGAUCACCUGGCAUUGUGUCUGUCUGUGUGACCCUCGCUAUCAACUUUGCAAUGCUUGGACCAAUAUGAACCAAAUUGGGUACAGUUGUAAGGACACAUAGAAACAUUUCUUAGUUUGUGAUGAUGUCAUCCACCCCGAAUCAAGAUGGCAGAUGCGUGAACAUUUGAGGCACAG